UCUACAAAGGCAGAAUGGUUUUCUAAGUUGUGCGUCCCAACUAUCCAGCUUAGCCACACCAACAGCCUGGCAGGGUCAGCCUUAUAGAAAUGGUGGUUUGUUUGGAGGGGGAGGCUGGUGGCCCUGCCCCGAGGGGAUGACUGCUUAGGGGCUGGACAAAGGGAUAUGUGAUGGUGACAGCUCACAAAGGACAGUGGAGGAUAAGUGUGGUGGUGCCAAGUGACUUAGGCAGAGCCCUGCAGGGAGAUGGGCAGUUGCCUUCACUCCCUCUCUCUCUCGGCGACUUGAUUUGUGGCUGGUGGAGCUAUCUGAAAUGAAGAGAACUGUGAGCAGUGAGUGUCUGUUACCUUAUUACACGGCCAACAGCUACCGUUCAAUGGGCGUGUUCGACACCUCCAUGGGGGACCUGCAACAACAACUGUACAGGGGAGGAGAGUAUGAUAUUUUCAAGUAUGCACCCAUGUUUGAGAGCGACUUCAUCCAGAUCAGCAAAAAAGGAGAGGUGAUUGACGUCCACAACCGCGUCCGAAUGGUGACUGUGGGCAUCGCAUCCACCAGCCCCAUCCUCCCACUCCCUGACGUCAUGCUGCUGGCCCGGCCAACGAAAGUCUGUGAAGAGCACAUCAGAUUUGUCCGGCCCAUCAAGGGGAGAGGCCGCAAGCCCCUAAAGACCCUAGAGCUCACCAGGCUGCUUCCCUUGAAGUUUGUCAAGAUCUCCAUCCACGACCGCGAGAAACAGCAGCUGCGCCUGAAGCUUGCCACUGGCCGUACGUUUUACCUGCAGCUGUGCCCCUCUUCAGAUGCACGGGAAGACCUCUUCUGCUACUGGGAAAAGCUUGUCUACCUCCUGAGACCUCCAGCGGACAGUUCCAGCAGCACCCCGACGCUCCAAACUGGAGAUGCAACCAUGAUAGAGGAUGACAAAAGCCUACUGAGCACAGAGCUCCACGGACAGAGGGAUCAGGAUGGGGUUGGGCCUCACGAGCUUAGUGAUGUCUCUGGAGACACUUCUUGUGCUUACAUCGGGGGAGAGGGAAUCCAUCACGCCCCCCAGGGCUCCGCUGCAGCCACGAAAACUGCCGGAAUUGCAGCAGCAGGGACAACGACAGGCCUGGCUGUGGCGGGGACAGUGACGAGCCCUGGGGGAGGAGUGGCAGUAGCAGGGGUAGGAAGAGGCUCUUCAGGAGGCGCAGUGAGCUUGGCAGCAACCAAGAGUGCGGGCACCGGCCAGGCAAGCGCGGCCCUGGCAGGAGCCAUGGCCAAAGGUCCAAGGGAAGGCGGAUCGGGCAAGGCCAUUGCAGGGGCGGCCAGCCUAUCCUUGGAGGGUACGAACAUGGUCUUGGCGGGAGCUGCCAGCACAUCCUCCACGGGGCCGGACACUCCAGACAGCAGCACGAGCGUGGUGUUCGCCGGCACAGCGACCACCGGCACGCCCGCGGCACGAAGGGCCGAAGGCCUGGUCACGGCCCCCCUGGUCUCCACCUUGCAGAGCGAAGGUUACAUGUGUGAACGGGAUGGAAGCCAGAAGGUCUCUCACGUCAGCGCUGAUGUCCAGAAGGAAAAAAAGGAAAGGAGGGAAAAGAAGGACAGGUCCUCGUCCAGGAGAAGCUCCCAUCACCGCAGGGCAGGGGAAAGUCAUCACCGGAAGGGAGGGGACAAGUCGAUCAGGAAGUCAUCCUCCCACCGGUCCUUAUCCGGCCGUGGAGACACGAGAGACGACAAGAAAGAAAAAGGGCACAGCAGCGCCAGGGGCAGAGGACACGGCCCUCCCAAGAGUGGGAGUGGCAGCCACAGCGCCUCUGUCAGGGAGGGCAGGGCGGCUCCCAAACUGGGGAAGAGCAGGUCCGCCACCAGCUCAGGCACUUUGAGCAAGAAAUCCAGCAAGAUCAGCCGUUUCUUCAGGAGCUUCAGGGUCAUUCCUGGCUCAAAGACCAUGGUCGCUGCCCACGACAGAGAGGUAGACAUCGUGGCUAAGACGGUAGAAAAGCGCAACAUAGAGGCCAAGGUGGAGAAGGCCCCUGCCGGCCAGGAUCUGGGGGUCCGGGGCACCGUGACAUCUGAGACGACGAAGACCAUCAUCAUUGAAGCCAAAUCUGCUUAA